UGGGCUCUCUUAAAAGCGCAAGUGCUGGAAAGAUCCUGUAAUCACUCACCGACCGACCGAAGCAUCCUGCUGAUUAGGAUGGAGGUGACAUUGCGCAUACUGUAUUUCUCAUGCCGCACAGGCACUUUCGCAGCUAGACUUGGACCUGUCCAUCCCUUCAGCUUUACCGUCCACAGGGGAGGCUACAAAAAUGUGAAUGCUGAGGAGUUGCCUAUGGACAUGAAGUCCAUCACAGACCGUGCAGCACAAACACUGCUGUGGACCGAACUGUUCAGAGGUGUCUGCUUGUUUACAUCUUUUUCUGCCUGUAUUUAUGGUACUUUUUUUUUGCAUUUGGACCAACAUGCUGAGGCUUUGCAAUAUAUAAAUUUGUGUUGUUCGAAUGCUCUGCAGGAUGUGUGUCAGCAGUUCUUUUGUCUCCUGCAGGCCAUCACUAUAGAAGCAGUGACCCGUGCAGAUGGCAGCAGAAGAACAACCCGUUAUGACAUUGACAUGACCAAAUGCAUCUACUGUGGAUUCUGCCAGGAGGCCUGUCCUGUGGAUGCAAUCGUAGAGGGCCCUAAUUUUGAAUAUGCCACUGAGACUCAUGAAGAGCUGCUGUAUAAUAAGGAGAAACUGUUGAAUAAUGGAGAUCGAUGGGAGGCUGAGAUUGCUGCUAACAUUCAGACAGAUUACCUGUACAGAUGAACCAUGAAAGCUCAGACAACAUCCUGAUAACAGCAAAAAA